AUGCCUUUCGCCCUCUUCACCAAGGUUCGGCCCACCGCUGCCUUCGGACGUCGCGUCCUUGGCUUCUGCGCUAGAGUGAUCUCUGUCCGCAACAAAGAUGUUGCUGAAAACACCGAAGAUUGCUGUGACUUUCCCGAGUCGUUCGGACCUAUCGUAACCGAAGAGCCUUGCGUCACCCCCUAUGUGACGUCCACUAGGAUCGAACAUAUAAAUCAAGUGAAGAAGUCCGACAACGAUGAUGCGACUCUUCAGGCUGACACUUGCAGAACGCUCGUCGGCGCCAACCAUUCCAUCGUUAGUCCUUCCAAGGACUGUUCUCCGGCUCCGCGCCCUUCUGCGCGCAAACGCGUGUCUGCUCUUGCUCCCGGGCCGCGUUCGCCUCCUAGACCUAGCUCCAUGAGGCUGCGCGCGUCUCUCCCUCCCCAAUGGCGCUACUCUGGUUCCAAGGAGGCCGUCCUCGUUCGUAACGCCUGGAGAAAGGAUCUUGCCUCCCAGGCGCAACCUCAAUCGAUGCCUCGCAAGGUCGUGGUCAAGGCUAAGGCUUGUCCGGCGAAACCGCCUCCUGCCGACAAGGUUAACAUCGCGACCUCUAAGCGUCGCGCCCCUUCGCCGCGCCUCGUCCCCCUCGCCCAACUCGUGACGAAGAAAAACCAAUCCACGCCUCUCAUCUCGGAAUUUCGUACGAACAUGGAUAAAGCGCGCGCAGCGACCGACUCCUCCCGCUUCUCAUCGCAUGUCGACGAGAAUGUGCGGCCUGUUCGCCGUACCGCCCGCCAGCCUGCGAAGCGUCGCUGA